AAAGGAUGUCUCAUUUUCUAACAGUGUAAAAAACAAUAAAUUAAGAAAAAACCGUGGAGUUAUCUAAACAGAUAUAAAAGAAAAAGCGUAAAAAUUAAUACACUGUUGAGUUUAAAUUUGGCAGUAAUAUAGAUGUUUCUAAACUUAAAGAGAUUAUAGUUAUAAAUUAAAAUAUACCUCAUUGUAUUCCUUAGAAUAUCGUCUUCAGACUAAACUCUAAUAUAUAGUUUCCUGUUACAGUAGAAUCUUAAUAUUAGUUAGGAUUUUUGAACAUAGAUCCUCAUUCAUAUAAUUAUAAAGUUGCUAGAUAUGAUAAAUACAAUAGUUAUCAUAUUUUUAACUUAGAACCUAUCCAUAGACCAUUUACAUCUUUUGAAACAAUUAAGGAUGUAUUAAUGAAAGAAGGAGAAUAAUUGUUUGAGGGUUUUGAAUAAUUUCAUACUAAAAAUACUGACAUCACCAAAUAUGAAAUCGUAAAUGAAGCAAAAUUACUUGAAUUUGAGCAUAAUAUUAAAGGUCCAGUUACCUUAUAUAUUUAAAAGAAUAAAAAUGGAAUAAUAACCACUACAGCAAGAGUAAUGAAUGAUGCCUAUCUCUAAAUGAUAGGAAUAGAUGAAGAAAUGCUAAAUGAUUAUGUAUUCUAAACAGGAAUGUUGCCUUAAUCCCUUGCAGGUGAUGGAAAUAUAAGAUGGAGUUAAACAUUAGCACAAAUAUUUAAAUCUAAUGCUUCUCAGUCUUUUGGAUAAUUAAUGCUUGUCAAUUAUCAAGGUUAAAAGUUUCCUGUCCAUCUGAAAUCUUAAAAUUUUUAUUUGUUCAACCAAGAUGAUCAUUCCUACACUGAAUACAUUUACUAUUCUUAUGAUGUUGAUUCUAAGUGGAUGAACAAGAGAUAUAUUGAAGAAAAUAGUCUAGACUACUUCAAUAAAAAGACGCUUAAUAACAAUGAAGACACAGAUCAGCUUGAAUAUCAGAAGAGAUGUAGAUUUAGAAAAUUAUGA